CUUCUGAUAAUAUAUUUUAAGCGAGGAUAACGUUGGAUAUUGUAAAAACUGGGCGCAGGACAUGGACGGGCAAAAACGGUCGGCCCCUUUGAUUUCGCUAACAUACUCUCUCCUGCAACAUUCUCACCUCGAUCCAUCUUCCACAAUUUAUCCAACUAACUUUUCAUUCUCAUUGCCCUUCAAGCCUCCAGAUUUUCUCCUCUCCAAUGUCAAAUUUACCGUCAGCAAACGCCAAAUUCGAUUUGCCGUGGUGGAGGAAGCGCCGAUGGAGCAAAAAUCGGUACGCAUCAAGCAGGAUUUGCAGGUAUUUAGACGCAAGAUUUCAAAUAGAUUUCUGUAUAAAACACUUAAAACCCCCAAUAGUAGAAUUCUAGGUGGAAAAGUGUACCAAGUAGCCAAACAGCAUCCAAAAUUCAGAUUGAAUUUCAGGACUUUGAAAGCUCUUGCUACUUGUUUAGUGGAUACAAAACAGUGGUAUGCUUUAAGACAACUUGCACAAGAUAUUGGGAGUUAUGGCCUUUUGCCGGAUUUUGGAACUCUCUCGAGAAUUCUUACAGAGUCCGUCAAGUCACGUGAAUUUGAUGUUGCAGAAGCAUGGACUAGGAUAAUGGAGAACGACCAGGAGCGCAAGGUAGGUGCAUAUAAUAUCUUGAUGGGUGCUUGCAUGAAGAUUCGAAUGUAUGAUAAAACAAUUUCUGUCUAUAGACGAAUGAGGGUAAAUGGGUUUUUGCUAGACAUUCACACUUACUGUGUUGUGAUGGCUGCUUUGAGAAAUAAGGGAGAGAUGGAAAAAGUUAUGGAUAUCUAUGGAGAGAUUAGAGAAAAAGGGAUAAAACUCAAUAAGAUCGCUUAUAGUAUUGUUGUGGAUACUCUGGGAAAAGUUGGAAGACCCUCUGAUGCCUUGGCAGUUUUUAGGGAAAUGCAAGAUGAAGGGUUUAAGCCUGAUAAGAUUUCUUACAAUUCCCUCAUUCAUGCAUUUGCAGUGGCCAAGAUGGUGGAUAAGGCUGAAGAAAUUUUUCAUGAGGCCCAAAAGGCAGGGUGUCUCAGGGAUCCUAUUAUAUUUACCACCAUGUUGCAAUUGUAUGUGGAUUCAGUGAUGUGUGAGCAGGCAUUUGGAGUGGUCAAAUUGAUGUUGGAGAUGGGCAUUAAGAUUACUGACUGUGUUCUAUGUGCUCUAGUUAAUGGGUACAUGAAGAGAAGAGGACCGGAGGACACUGUAAACAUUUUUAAACAAUUGGUAUCAUUAGGAUGCCAGCCAGGGCAGGUGACUUAUGCUUCCAUGAUCGGUGUGUAUGUUCAGUUAGGAAUGUAUCAAACUGCAGAAGCUCUGUUAGGUGAGAUGAGGAUCAAGGGUUUCACGCGCUGUGUGGUUGCAUAUGCCAGUGUCAUUGCAAUGUACGCAAAGCUUGGGAAUGAGAAUGCUGCAUUUCGAGUAUUAUUUAGCAUGAAGAGGGCAGGGUGCGCCCCAAAUGCUUGGGUUUACAAUUCUCUUAUAGACAUGUAUACUAAGGCCGGGAACUUGGACCGAGCGGAGAAAGUCUGGCAAGAAAUGAGAGGCAGGGGGAUUGUUUCAGAUAAGGUUACUUAUACUUCUUUAAUUGCUGGCUACACUAAAGUCGGCCAAUUUGACAAAGCUAUUGGGUUGUAUCAUGAUUUCAAGAAAGAUGGGGGUUCCGUUGAUCGAGCAAUGGCUGCUAUUGUGGUAAAUGCUUUCACAAAAAGUAAUAGGUAUGAUGAAUUACUUAAGUUUUUGAAGGAUAUUCAUGCUGCAGGACUAAAAUUGGACAUUCGACUCCACCGCACAGCAUUGAAUGCUUUUCUAGAUGCAGGGCUCGAGUGGCAGGUCAGAUGGUUUGUUAAGACUUUUGGGCCUGAAAGAACAGCUUUGCCUAUGAAAUGAGGAUAUGAUACAAGGUUUGACGGGUUUCUUCUUCCGAAGUUUCAAGGUUGAGGAGCGAACAUAUAAGACAGUUUAAGUGGCUUAGAAUUAACCAAGGGCAAGUGUCUUGUUGUCAUUCACUUGGUGCAGUUGAGAUCAUCACAGCAGUUGCAAGUGGAUGAUUUAAAUGGCAUUCCAAAGGAGUAUCUAAGCUGUUGAGCUCCACAAGUCGUUUGGUGAAGAAACAAAUACCAUCAUUCAGGAAUGGCGUUCACAUUGCUAUCUUUCAGCCAUGUGAUCUCUGAUACCAAGUCAGUUGUUAUUCGUUUGGCAUUCUCCCCUUAUGUUGUGCUUUAGAGGAUUGGUUUCUUUGAAGCUGAGAAUUUUUUAUAAUCUUUGCUAUGUCAUGACAAUUCAAACACUCAUUUGGAGGUAUUACCAAGUACUUCCUUCCAUGUAGCAUUAUUGCUCGAAGGGCAGUUUCCUGGAUUUUCAGCAUUAAAUUAAAAGAAAAUAACUAGCAAGACCUCAUUCUCAAGGUCCUCACUGAUUCUGUAUCUCAACAUCAUUUUCUAUUAGUUCUUUAUGCUAAGUGCACAUUUUA